AUGUUCAUGCCCCCGGUCCGGAUCCUCCAAGCCAACCUCAACCACUCGACCAGGGCGCAGGACUUAUUUGUCCACUACCUGGCAGAGUUAGGUGUGGGGUUGGUGGUCGCCGCGGAGCCAUACCGCGUCGCCGACCGCCCGAAAUGGGUGGCCGACGCGUUGGGUUCCGUGGUGAUAAUGGACGGCGACACCGCGGCACUCCGCGUGUUCGCCCGCGGCGUCGGGUUCGUCGGGGUGGAGUGCAGCGGCCUGGCCCUGAUCGGGGUCUACGUCCCUCCGAGUGCCCGCUUCGCGGCGUUCGAGUGGCUGCUGAACGGGGUCCGGGACGCAUUGUCCCGCUCUCCAGUAGCCCGAACGCUCGUGCUGGGCAACUUCAACGCCAAGUCCACGGCGUGGGGUUGCCCAGCAACGGACGCGAAGGGUCGGGCGGUGCUGAAGUGGGCGGCGAGCGCGGGCCUCCGGUUACUUAACCGGACGUCCGUGAGCACGUGCGUGCGGUGGCAGGGCGAGUCGAUCGUCGACUUGUCGUGGGCGACGCCUGCCGUCGCGCCACUCGUGUCGGGAUGGAGGGUAGCGGAGGAGGUGGAGUCCCUCAGUGACCACCUCUACAUUCUUAUGGAUGUCUCCGAUGCCCCUCAGUACCAUCCCGCUCGCGGACCCGCGCCGGGCCGACCGCCGCGCUGA